AUGGACGAGCUAUUCAAGGGCUUUGCGAGAGCCCAUGCAGAGCAGAAUGGAUACCUGCUCGCGGCAACGCUCUCACCGAUAUCCCCACCAGAGAAUCCCCAGCGGCUGAGGUCGAUUGUGAAAAGCAGUAAUUCGUCCAGGAUCAAAGGUGACAUCAAGCACUUGAUCAAAUCAAACUCAUCUCACCAGCGAGGUCUGGAUCAUGAGGAGAUCAAAGGCUGGGUGGAAGUCUAUGCUGCAUAUUGGAAUGCUGUUGGCGACAUUGUUGCAGGAGAGGAUGGCAAGUCAACGUGGACCAAAGUCUAUGAAUCGUGGAAGGAGUUAACAUCCAUAUUGAUUCGGGGAUAUAAUACCUUUGGGUUUGAAGCGUGGACGAUUCCGUGUCUGUAUAUGAUUGGCAAAUACUUGAGAUUAUUCGCCAUCAAAUCUGAUGCGGAGCGUAGCCGCAACCUCGGUGACAACUCUGGAGGAGCCUCCCUUAUGCAGGACGACUUUGAUCCAGAGACCGAAAAACAAGGUCAACUGAGAGACUGCGAGCAGCACCUGAAAAGAAUAUUCACACUUUGUCUCAAUGACAGAGCGCCAUUAGAAGAAUCCAGGAAAUGGGGCAUCUAUUUCAUCAUCAACCUACUGUUCAAAACAUACUUUAAGCUGAACUCGGCCUCACUUUCACGAACCAUUUUAAAAACAUUGAGCGCAUACAGAGGAGAUAUGCCACCAUUGUCGGCGUUUCCAAAGUCCCAAAGAGUCACCUUCAAGUUCUAUGAGGGCGUUUUAUUUUUCCUCGAGGAAAACUAUGUCGAGGCCGAGAAACAUCUUGUCGAAGCAUGGGAGCUCUGCAACAAGGAUGCACUACAAAAUUUGGAGCGUAUACUUACGUAUCUCAUCCCAUGUCGCCUCCUCACUACUCACGUAUUGCCCACAAAGGCACUUCUGGAGCCAUUUCCGCGCCUACAAAAGCUCUUCCUUCCCUUAGCCCAAUGCAUCAGAAGCGGUAAUCUCCGCGCCUUCGACCUCGCACUACAAGAAGGUGAAGAUGAAUUUGUCAAGAGGCGCAUUUACCUGACGCUUGAACGUGGUCGUGACAUUGCCUUGCGCAACUUGUUGCGCAAAGUCUUCAUCGCGGGAGGGUUUGAUGAGCUCAAAGAGGGAGAAACCACUCCAGUGCGCCGCACACGAGUGCCUGUAGCAGAAUUCCGCGCAGCCAUUUGUAUGGGGAGCGGUGGAGAGUUGGUUGACACUGAUGAAGUCGAAUGCUUGAUAGCAAACAUGAUCUACAAGGAUCUGAUGAAAGGCUAUAUUGCCCGCGAACGAGGCAUCGUAGUCUUAUCCAAGAAAGGCGCCUUCCCGGGGACAGGCAUCUAA